AUGAUUGAAACAGGAUCACAAAAGCAACAAAACGUUAACAUGGCGUCGUCUGAAAGUCCAGCUACUCCAACUAUUCCUCAAAAUGACAACACAUCUGAUUUGACGAGCGUGAAAACUUGGCUCUUCUUAAUCUUGGUUCUUCUCGGCUCAUUUUUGGUUGCUCUGGACAGAAGCAUCGUCUCAACGGCCAUACCUGUAAUCACUGACGAGUUCAACGCCCUUUCCAGUUACGAUUUAUACCUUCUUCCCGUGAAAACCGUGCUUCUGACAAGCAGUCUCAUAUUCGAGGCCGCCUCCGCCCUCUGUGGGGUGGCUCCGAACUCGACGGCAUUCAUCGUUGGCAGAGCAAUUUGCGGAGUUGGCGCCGCCGGUAUCUUCGCUGGAUCGAUUGUAUGCAUCAUUUACGCCGUGCCUUUGCAUAUCCGUCCAAGAGUCCAAGGCUUUUUCGGUGCCUUCUUCGGCGUUGCAUCCAUCUCGGGACCUUUGAUUGGCGGUGGUUUAACCUCGAGAGUAACCUGGAGAUGGUGCUUUUACCUUAAUCUCCCCAUUAGUAGCGUCGCCAUAGCUGUCAUUGCCCUCCUUCUCAAGAUUCCAGACCGAGAUACGACCAAGCUGCCACUGUCCAAGAAGCUCAAGAAACUUGAUUUUGUUGGUACCGCACUGUUCAUACCUGGUUUUGUCUGUCUUCUGCUGGCACUCCAAUGGGGUGGCCAAACGUAUACUUGGAACGAAUGGCGUAUUAUUAUACUGUUGGCCUUUGCAGGCGUACUGCUGGCUGCCUUCGCUGCUAUUCAAAUCUGGAUGCCUGCAACAGCCACACUUUCCCCACGUAUCUUCAAGCAGCGAAGUGUCCUUUCUGCGAUUCUGGUAACCUUCGGUAUAAGUGCAGGGAACUUCAUCUUUGUUUACUACCUUCCGACUUGGUUCCAGUCUGUUCAAGGUGUCGACUCUGCACAAUCUGGUAUUCGACUCUUACCCACAAUGAUAAAGAUGAUUGUCGGAUCCCUUGUCGGUGGUUUCACGAAUUCCAAGGUUGGAUAUUACACGCUACUCGUGAUAGUAGGGUCCUGCCUCAUGUCGGUCGGGGCUGGGCUAAUUACAACCUUUCCGCUUGAUACCAGCUCAGGGAAGUGGAUCGGUUACCAGAUUCUCUAUGGCAUCGGUAUGGACGUCUGUUUCCAAGUACCGAAUCUCACUGUGCAGGCUGUUCUGCCGAAAAUGGAUGUUCCGAUUGGCCUGUCCCUGAUGCUGUUCUGCAACCUCUUGGCCUCUACCAUCUUCGUCUCUGUUGGAGAGAACGUCCUGAGCAAUCAACUUCUGUCAAGGCUUACCGGGAUGCCUGGAUUCGACCCGAGUCUCGUUACAUCGGGUGUUGCCACGUCACUAGUAGAUAUCCUACCAUUACAGUUCCGACAGACUAUCCUUGUAGCUUACAACAAGUCGCUGCAGGAGGUGUUCUGUAUUGCGUUGAUCCUUUGUUGCAUUUCCGUUCUUGGCUGCGCUACGCUAGAAUGGAAGAACGUCAAGAAAGGAAAAAACAACAUGGCCACUGCUGAGGCUGCUGCCGAGGCGCAAGAGAAGAAGUUUGAUAGCUCAGCUGCGGAGAAAUGA